AUGAGCAAUGAUCAGCUUCCCGCACGCAGUUCCCAUACUCAAGAUCAACCUACAAACCCGACGGGUUAUAUCGACAAAGCAAUUCGGCUCGACUAUCUAGCGGUUCGGGCCACUGUUGAUGGUCAUCCUGAUCUUCCCGCGCUCUUAGACAACCUCGGGAAUCAGCUAUAUGAUCGAUGGCUGCAAACAAAAAACGCCAAUUUUCUCAACGCAGCGAUCGAGUGUUAUCGGGUUAUGGCUCAGAAUACUGCUCAUGAUCAUCCCGACUAUCCAGCGCGCCUAGAUAGUCUGGCGGAACUGCUCGACUGUCGAUACGGAUCUACAGGACUUUUACCUGACCUUGAUGACCUUGAUAGUGCGAUUGCACUCACUCGUACUGCAAUCCUGGCCACACAUAAUGACAACCAUAGCAUUGCAGAGCGCUGGAACGACCUCGGGAGAAGGCUUGAAACAUUGUUUUUUUCUACUAGAGGAAAGAUCGCCGAUCUCGACGAGGGAAUUCAGUUCUCUUUCCAAGCGGUUACGGCCACCCCUGAAGACUCAUUUCAUCUUGCAGGGCGCUUGGUCGACCUCGCUCGCAAAUUCAAAAUACGACACGAGUUCGCAUCGGCAGGGACAGACGAGCUCGAUAGGGCGAUUUCGCUAUAUCGAAGUGCUCUUAAGGCUACUUGUGAUAAACCUCAAUUUCGGGCAGAGUGCCUACGCGACCUCGGAAUUGCCUUGGAAAUCCGAUAUGGAGAUAUUGGAGAGCCAUCUAACCUCCAGGAAGCGAUUGCCCUAGCUCGCGACGCAAUAAACGCGAUGAAGGCCGUCGAUCCUAACCAUCCUUCGCUUGGGGACUGCUUCCACGAGCUCGCGACCAAGCUCGGACUUCUAUACGAAGAAAAAAAGUCGAUAGAUGACCUCGAUGAGGCCAUUGCAUUGUCUCUUAAGGCGAUCAAGGCGGGUGCUCUGUAUGGAGAGGUUUUUGUCAACUUAAGAAAAAUACUCGCACUUCGAUACACGAGAACAUACCAGAUCAAUGAUUCUCAAGAAGCAGCCAAGCGGGCGGGAGAAGCAGUUUAG